UUCAAGUCUAGAAGGACCGUCAAAACUUGGAUUCGAUGCUGCAUUUCGCUCGCCAUUUCGUUGAUCUACCUCUGUGCCACCGAGACUUCGAAUGCUGAGGGACAGGCGGCGUUCUUUUCUUCGAUCCUGGCAGUUAUGCUACCGCCGUCUUUCGCGCUAUCGAUGUUUCUUUUUGUAUCGGCUACGCUCAUAAUAGGUAUGCUUUUCGGUUGGGCGUGGGGCUGCGCCGCCAUGGCUUCUGCUCUUUCGGUUCGUGACCAGGCUCGAUUGGCGCGGCAAGUUCAGGCUCUCCAGUCUUCGUUGGCCUACAGCGGUGACCCCACGGCGCUUCAAUACCAAAGCGCCAUAUUCCACGGCCAGUCUUCGGCUGUGUUUGGUGCUUUCUUCUUCAUUGGGACCUUCUUUCUGUCGACCGUCGUCGCAUACAGACCGAAGCUUGCCCUUUUCAGUAUAUUCGGCACCAUCGUUCUGGAUGUCAUGUGUGUUUAUGGCCCUGCUUUUCCGGUGUCUCAGUAUACUCUUGCCAAACUGUUCCUGAUCCCCAGUGGCUUUUAUCUCGCAACUGCUAUCGCAUGCCUCAUUUUUAUCUUUCCAGAAUCUUUGAAUCAUGUUUGGCUGAGCUUGCUUGGUGGCGGCAUGCUUAAACCCGUCCUUGACAUUAUCGAUCUUCAGGCUGAAACCUUGCAGGCGGAUACCUCGGACCACGAGGCGAUUGAAGCGCUGAUUCAGCGAGGGAAGGCGUACCGUGCAUCAUUAGUCGCAGGAUUUCAAGGUCUGCAGGGUCAAAUUGGCCUCAUUGAUCUCGAGAGCUCGAUGGGAAGGCUAGGUGCUGCGGAUUUGAAGCAGGUGAAUAAGGAAUUAAAAACGUUGACGAAUCGGACAGCUGGGUUAUUGGCGUUCCAGACGGCGGUAGAUGACCUGCUUGUUGCACAUGCCAAAACUGGUCCUGAUGAAGAUCCGAAGUCCAACCGGGCAACCAUGAACCGGGCAAUCUUGCUAUUGCGCGAUAUGAGGGCUCGUGAAGUGAAGCAUGGUCAUGAUCUGGAAACUUUGGUCCCAUUACUGUCUAAUGCGUCCAGGUCUCUUAACAGCGACUGUUCGGACACUGUUAAGGUCAUCACGUCGUGGUUCCAAGACUGCAAUAGUGCAAGGUGGACGUGGCUGUUCAGUAAACCGUCUCCCGAGAAGAUCCAGCAAAGGCAGCAGGGUCUAGUUGAUCAGUUGAAUGUUAUCAAGAAGUCUUUGGACCACUUCCGUAAUGUCGAACGUGUCCAACUCAUCAAGCCAUUUGAACGAUUUUUCGAUCCAGUCACCGGUCGACCGCUUGCCUCAGUCGAGGAAAAUGCGGGGGCCUCGGGUUUCUCUGUGAGGUCGUUGUUCAUAUGUUUCGUGUUCUGUGAUACCUUGGAGGCUUUUGCGGAUUCCCUCAUCAAGCUCUUGACCCUGAUUGUCUAUCUUGAUGAUAAGCGGCCGGAACCUAGGCUGUGGAUGCCCAUAGGGUUCGGAAGCGUGGGGGGCAGAGCAAAAGGGACCGGCGGGACAAAUAAGAAUGUUUCGCCCUUCGCGAUGGGGGCGCCCACAGAUCCUUUCAAAUUCGACGAGAGUCUAGCCGAAUCACAGGAUACGCUCAAGGCUGAAGGCGAGAAAGCUGAAAUCGAGGCAGGGGUACUCCGACGUCGUCAACCGAUGAUUGCAUGUGUAGCCCGAGACCCUGAUGCACUUCCGCCUAAAACUGCCCUUGGGAAGUUCUCUCUCAAGUUAGCCUCGACUGUCAUGUUUUUCUGGUCUCCUCAGGGUGUCUAUGCGACAAGAUAUGCCCUUGUGUCCAUAGCGCUCUGGAUUCCGUCUGUUUGUUCCUCAAGCGCGUGGUUCGUGUAUGAAAAUCGGGGACUUUGGGCGCUGAUUAUGGCACAGGUGGAUUUGCUUUACCUUGUCCUUGUUUCUGGUUACUACUGUAUACUGAUAUAUGGUCUUGUGGCGUGGUAUAUCGGCGCUGCCCGAGGGAAUGGUAGCCCCUAUGGUAUCGUUAUAAUUACGGUGUCCUUAACCGCACCCUUCAUGUUGAAGAGUAUCACAUGUCGACCCAGUGACAAAGCUUUCUGGAGUAUGAUCGGAGUAACGACCGUGUUUGUUGUCGGAUACAGUUGGGUCGAUGCCCAUCAGGUCCUGCUGGUCAACACUGGAAUAGGAAUAGAUAUCGCAUGGAAGCGAGCCCUACUUAUCAUCAUAGGGUUUACUGCUGGGUUUAUCGUGAUGAUUGUACCUAGGCUGACAUCUUCUCGUGUAUUCGUCCGUCGGUCUUUGGCUGCUAUUACAGAUGAAUUGGGUCACCUAUUGGCCUCGGAAAUUGAGGCAUUCCUAGCGGAAGAACGCAAGAGUCGGCUCAAUGACGACCUGGAGAAACGCCGUACGAAUGGAUCUGAUGAUGUCUCAACGAAGGAGGAGCGUAUCCGGAUGUUCACACCUAGGAUGCUUGCGAUUGCUACUCGACUACAAGAGUUGCAGCCGACGCUGACUGCGGCGAAAUGGGAACCCCAGGUUAGAGGCCAGUGGCCGUACGAGCAGUACGCUUUACUACAUUCGAAAUUAACGCGGCUUCUUUCGACGUUGAACCUUCUCGUGGGAGCCUUGUCGAGAAUGGACGAACGAUGGUGUGGCAUCCUCAUACAUCAUACCCCAUUUAUGAACCCCAGCUUCCUCUCUGACGUUUUUACGAAAAUCUCCGUCAUCUCCAGCUGCCUUUCCGGUGCUCGACCUUUACCUCCUGCAUUCUUUAGCUUGAAGGAUCGGAUCAUCUAUCAUGAGCGUCGUUCGAAGGCUAUUCGGCAUAGACAUGCCCAGAUCCAAGAGGAGGAAAAGGAUGACUCCGACUCCGAUUCCGACGUAGAGGACUCUACUGACCAUGUACCGGAAAAGGUGGACGGCACCAAGAUUGGUAUCAAGGAGCUGACGCUACGGCUUCUCAUGGAUCCUCAUCUUCCGGCGCAUUCCACGGCUGUAAUUGCGCUUUCUUCCGUCAUAAGUCUCCUGGAUGACAUUUCUGGUAUCAUUAAGGACUUAUGUGGCGAGACAUCCUUUGCUAGUUUGGACACGCUGCAUCGGCGUUUCUUAACCUUUGAGGAAGAGGCGCUGGGCCGUACUGUUUAG